AUGGGUCCGCAGCUGAAGAUGUUCUCGGGGCCUCAGAUGGCCUUCCUCCGGCCGUCGUUAGGUCUGUCGACGCCAUUCACGGCUUUCCCGCUAUCGCGAUGCUUCUCGACGACCUCGCCUGCCCUCGAUUGGCUUACUCCUAAGUUCGCUGAGAGAUCCAAGUCCCCGAAGGGUCGUCCGCAUGUCGCAACUGGUGGUUCUUCCCGCGGUACCACUGUCGUCUGGGGUGAUUAUGGUUUGCGGAUGAAGGAUCACGACCGCCGGUUGCCCGCUUCGUCGUUGAAAAUUGCAGAGGAUACGAUUAAGAGACGUCUGAGGGGUAUGAACUACACAUUGUACAAGCGCGUGAGCGCAAACAUCGGUGUCUACACCAAGGGCAAUGAACAGCGUAUGGGUAAGGGUAAGGGAAAGUUCGACUACUGGACUGCGAAGGUUGGCGUGAGCAGAAUCGUCUUUGAGCUCAAGGGUGAUCUGCACGAAAAGGUCGCCAGGGAGGCCUUCCGUCUGGCCGGUCACAAGCUGCCCGGCCUCUGGGAAUUCGUGAAGAAGGGCGACCCGCCGGUCGUUGGACUGACGAAACUUGGCAAUGGAGUGACUCUGGAGAGCCUCAAACGCGCACGCAGAAGCCCAGCCCUCGGUACUCAGGACCUACCGAACCCCCCGACCUCGACCUCGUCCUCCUCCAGCCCCUCUGCCCCCCAAUAA